AUGGAUAAAGUCCUCAGGCCCGAGAGAUUCAGCGCCGAUCCAAGCACGUCUGGAGCAUCAAAAUCGUGGAUUCACUGGCGUCGAACCUUCGAAAAUUUCCUCGCCGUAUUGACGGAAGAAGGCCUCGAUAAAUUUGGAGUCCUGACAAAUUUUAUUUCGCCUGCGGUAUUCGAAUAUGUAGAAGAAUGUGCCGACUACGAAUCUGCAAUCGAAACUCUUCAAAAUAUUUUCGUGAAGCCGACGAACGAAAUCCACGCCAGACACGUGCUCGCUACCAGACGACAACAGGUUGGUGAAACUCUAGACGAAUAUCUUCAAGCGCUCAAAACUCUCGCCAAAGACUGCAACUUUCAAUCUGUCACCGCUGCCAAAUAUUGUGAGGAAUAUAUACGGGAUGCUUUCAUUACUGGGCUACAUUCUAACCAAAUACGCCAAAGGCUACUAGAAAACAAAACUCUAGAUCUGAAAACGAUGUUUGACCAGGCCAGGGCGCUCGACUCUGCCAUGCGCAGUUCAGAGAGUUAUUCUGUCCCUCAACCUGUCAGCGUUGCAGCCUCAGCACAAGAAAUGACCGCUCAGAAUCCAAUCCAAGUCGACUCUGCUCAGUCAGACUCCACACUCGCUGCAAUUGAUUCAAAGUGCUUCUUCUGUGGAAAUCCUAAACACCCUCGUUCCAAGUGUCCAGCCAGAGAUGCAAUUUGCAAUAAAUGUCAAAAGAGGGGACAUUUUGAGAAAGUCUGCCGAAGCAAGGCCUCUAAACCCAGCGAAGUUUCAGCUGCUCUCUGGCCACCUACUCUUGCCACCGUAGGAAUUCCCCAAUCUCUUAAAGGAUCAACUGCUACUGUUGUUGUCAACAAGGUCUGGAGUGUAGAAGCACUCUUUGACAGCGGAAGCAGUGAAAGCUACAUACAUCCAAGCCUCGUUGAAGUAGCUGCUAUCUCUGUUAACCCUUCGCUCAGCCAGGUCUCCAUGGCAACAUCUUUGUUAAGUACAAAGACCGAGGGCUCUUGCUCUGUUACUAUUAACUACCAAGGUCAAACUUAUAAAGACUUUCGCCUGUUGGUUAUGCCAGGGCUUUGCUCUGAUCUGAUUUUAGGACUCGAUUUUCAGUCUCAACAUGAUAGUGUCACAUUCAAGUAUGGCGGAACAAAACCGCCACUGUCGGUAUGCAGUCUCACUACUCUGAACAUAGAGCCGCCAUCACCAUUUUCAAACCUCACUGCCGACUGCCAUCCUAUUGCUACAAAGUCCAGGCGCUACAGCAAAGAAGACCUGAACUUCAUUGGCAAUGAAGUAGAAUGGUUGCUCAAGGAAGGCAUUAUUGAGCCAAGCCGGUCCCCUUGGCGGGCACAAGUAGUUGUCACAAAGGAUGAGAAUCACAAGAAACGCCUAGCUAUUGAUUAUUCCCAGACAAUCAAUAGAUUCACCCAACUAGAUGCUUUCCCGCUGCCGAGGAUCAGUGAUACGAUCAACGAAAUAGCUCAGUACAAAGUGUUCAGUACUCUUGACCUCCAGAGUGCGUAUCAUCAAAUACCUUUAAGAGAAGAUGACAAGCCUUACACUGCGUUUGAAGCUAAAGGUGGGCUUUAUCAGUUUACCAGGCUUCCUUUCGGUGUAACCAACGGUGUAGCCUGCUUCCAAAGAGAAAUGAUGAGAUUUGUUGAAGAUAACCACUUGAAAGCUGUGUUUCCAUACAUCGACAACAUAACUGUAUGUGGAAAGGAUCAAGCUGACCAUGAUGCUAACCUCACAUUAUUCCAGGAGGCUUCUCAAAAGGCGAAUCUUAAAUUCAACGACAGCAAAAGCGUCUUCUCUGCUCAACGACUGCCAUUACUGGGAUACGUCAUUGAAAAUGGUUCUAUUAGUCCAGACCCCGAAAGAUUAAGGCCUCUACUGGAGCUCCCACUGCCGCAAAGCUCAAAGGCUCUUAAUAGAUGUCUGGGACUUUUCUCUUACUAUUCUCAAUGGGUUCCUUGUUUCGCCGACAGAAUUAAACCCAUAACCAGCUGUAGAUCAUUUCCUUUAUCUUCUGAAGCACAGAAAGCAUUUGAAGACUUAAAGAGGAUCAUUGCCAAAGCUGCUGUCUCUGCCAUAGACGAGAGUAUUCCAUUUGAGGUGGAAACAGACGCCUCAGAUGUAGUGCUAGCCACUACCCUAAAUCAGAAGGGCAGACCUGUAGCCUUUUUCUCCCGCACCCUUCAAGGUAGUGAACUGAAACACUCUGCUGUAGAAAAGGAGGCUCAAGCAAUAGUUGAGUCGGUCAGGCACUGGAGACAUUUUCUCGCCGGGUCCCACUUCACUCUAAAAACGGACCAAAAGUCAGUUUCCUACAUGUUCAACCAGCGUCAUCAAGGAAAGAUUAAGAAUGACAAGAUAAUGCCCUGGAGGAUUGAACUGAGUUGCUAUAGCUUUGACAUAGAGUAUCGACCAGGCAGAGAUAAUGUAGCACCGGAUACCUUCUCACGAGCCACGUGUGCUUCUAGCGUCAGUGAUGCUCUCUACAAGCUCCAUGAUUCGCUCUGUCACCCUGGGAUUACCCGAUUAUGGCAUUUUAUUCGAGUCAAGAACUUGCCUUAUUCUCUAGAAGAUGUUAGGAGGACUGUGAACUCCUGUCCAAUCUGUUGUGAAUGUAAACCGGUAUUCCACCGCCCGGACCCAGUUCAACUUAUAAAAGCUACCCAACCCUUUGAACGAAUCAACAUUGACUUUAAAGGGCCACUUCCUUCCAACGACAAGAACAAAUACUUCCUGAAUGUUGUUGAUGAGUUUUCACGGUUCCCGUUCGUUUUCCCUUGCCCUGAUUUGUCUACUCCGACCGUUAUAAAGUGUCUCACCACAUUGUUUUCUCUAUUUGGUAUGCCUGCCUACGUGCAUUCUGACAGAGGGGCUUCGUUUAUGAGUCAAGAGUUACGGGAAUUCCUCUCUAGCAAAGGUGUAUCUACAAGUCGUACAACCAGUUAUAACCCCACAUGUAAUGGUCAAGUUGAGAGGUACAAUGGCACUGUAUGGAAGGCGAUUACAACGUCUCUUAAGUCAAAGAAGCUUCAGGCAGAACAGUGGCAAUUGGUCCUGCCAGAUGUGUUGCACUCGAUCCGUUCUCUUCUGUGCACCGCAACGAAUGAGACUCCGCAUGAACGUUUCCUGAACUUUUCACACCGUUCAUCCACAGGUAGUUCGAUCCCCUCUUGGCUGGCUGAACCUGGCCCUGUUUAUGUAAAGCGUCAUACCAAUACUCACUACGCUCACGUUCGUUAUCCUAAUGGCAGAGAAACAACAGUUUCAACCAAGAAUCUUGCUCCUUGUGGUCAAGUGGAACUUCUAGAACCACCCUCUUCAAUCCAGCUCCCAGUCGUUAAACCCAAUAUUUCUAGUGAGUUUUCUCCCGUCAACGAUCAUCAUGUUGAUAAGACGCAAGAACCAACUAAAGAACCAGAACCCACAGAAUUGAGGAGAUCACAGCGAGAGCGCCGCCCUCGUUUAGAAAACUUCAUUAAACAUUGGUUGUAUAAUUCACUGGAUACUGAGUGGCACUGGUACAGAUUUGAGUACCAAGCCAGAGGUAGUAUACACUGUCAUGGUGUUGCAAAACUUAAGAAUGACCCAGGAUUAUGUCAACUUUCAGAAACAGCUCUUAAAGGCUAUUUGGCAGAAGUGUCCCUUGAUAAAGCUGAACAAUCAGAUAUUCUAGAACUAAACAAACAGAUACUGGAAGGAAAAAAGCUUCUCAAACU